CAACCCCAACCCCAACCCCAACAACAGCAACAAAAUCUUCCAUUUGUUUUAGAUGCUCUGUAUUGCCAAGAACAACAUUUGGAGGGAGGAGAGACAGAGGACUACUUUGAUUCAGAAGAGGAAGAUUGUCAUUACAGUGAUAAUAUUGUUAGCCCUAAGCCUCCACAGCUACUGGAACAAGACCUGUUCUGGGAAGACGAAGAGUUGACCUCUCUGCUGUCAAAAGAACAAGAAAACCCCUUAUUCCAUAGUCUCGAAACAGACCCAUCUUUGGGUGGGGCUCGGAGAGCCGCCGUGGAGUGGUUGCUGAAGGUCAACGCCCACUACUCAUUCUCUGCUCUCACGGCGGUCCUCGCCGUGAACUACCUCGAUAGGUUCCUCUUCAGCUUCCAUUUCCAGAGAGAGAAACCAUGGAUGACCCAACUUGCUGCUGUGGCUUGUCUCUCUCUUGCUGCCAAAGUUGAGGAGACUGAAGUCCCACUCCUGUUAGACCUCCAGGUGGAAGAUAGUAGGUAUGUUUUUGAGGCUAAAACAAUUCAGAGAAUGGAGAUGCUGGUACUAUCAACUCUUCAAUGGAAGAUGAAUCCUGUGACUCCACUCUCAUUUCUUGAUCACAUUACAAGGAGGUUAGGUUUGAAGAACAGACUUUGUUGUGAAUUUCUCAAGAGAUGCGAGUCAAUCCUCCUCUGUAUCAUUUCUGAUUCUAGGUUCAUGCUUUAUCUUCCCUCCGUAUUAUCCACUGCCACAAUGCUGCUCGUUUUUAGUAGUCUAGAGCCCUGUCUCGCAGUAGAAUACCAAAACCAACUCUUGGGUAUUCUUCAAAUCGACAAGGACAAAGUGGAGGAUUGCUAUAAGUUAAUGCUAGAAUCAACAUCAGGAAUUCACCAAUCCAACAAACGAAAGUUCCGAUCAAUGCCCGGCAGCCCAAAUUGUGUCACAGAUGUUUGUUUCAGCUCCGACAGCUCGAACGACUCGUGGGCCGUGACAUCCUCGGCAUCUGCUUCGGCGUCGGUCUGUUCCUCGCCGGAGCCAUUGUCAAAGAAGAGCAGAGCUCAGGACCAUAAUGCAACUGCAGAUAUUCUGAGCUUCCAUUGCUAGACUAUCUCAAUUGCGUCAUGACCAGUUUUUAUUUUUAUAUUUAUGUUAAAUAAUAUGAUAUGUUCUUUUUUUUUAUAUGUGCAUGUUAAAUUGCCUACCAUCUCUGCAAAUUUCAAAUCCAAGAACCAAAUCAGAGAGAGAGAGAGAGAGAGAGAGAGAUCGUAGAGAUGGGGUAUCAUAUGGAGAUUGGAGGUAGAGAUGGUUGGCAUUUUAUCCGGAGAAAGUAAAGAACAUUAGAGCAUAUAGUAGCAAUGAAGACUAUUUCCAUUAUUAUAUAAAUAUUUCUAUUCCUCUGUAAAGCCAGCCUUAAUUAUUAUAUGAACAUAAGUUUUAUUUAUUAUGUCAAUAAAUUGUCAAGUUCAACA